UGGAAAUUCGUGUUACUAUAUUCAAUUCACUGAUAUUUUAUUUAUCAGUUGAUUUUUGACGCAGUUUAUACAAAUAUCGUGAACUUUUGGAGGAACUGUGAUUUUCAGCUGGAGUUGAGACGACGAACACAUCUUGACGUUCUUCCUUCACAGUACGCACCUGCGAUAUUAAAGUUAAAUUUAACAACAAACAAUUUACCAAGUGCAUAAUGCAAGAAGAACCGGAAAACUGUCCGGGCGUGGGGACAGAGAAUGCCGGAAAAGCCAGCGCCUGUGCAGGCUGUCCCAAUCAGCGCCUGUGUAGCGAUCCUAACACUAAAGUAGAAGAUCCCGGUAAAGCGCUUGUUGCUCAGUCCAUGCGCGAAGUCAAACAAAAGCUCCUCGUACUUUCCGGCAAAGGUGGUGUGGGCAAAAGUACGGUGACUACAUUGUUAUCACGUUAUUUAGCACGCGUAUAUUCCGACCGUAACUUUGGCGUAUUGGAUGUUGACAUUUGUGGGCCUUCACAGCCACGAUUGCUUGGUGUUGAGGGCGAAAAUGUACAUCAAUCUGGUUCUGGUUGGUCGCCGGUUGGUGUGGAUGACAACUUAUGUUUGAUGUCUAUAGGAUUUCUUCUUGGCUCACCUGAUGAUGCAAUUAUUUGGCGUGGUCCGAAGAAGAAUGGCAUGAUUAGGCAAUUUUUAAGUGAAGUAGAUUGGGGACAACUGGACUUGCUCAUAUUAGAUACCCCUCCAGGUACAUCAGAUGAACACUUAUCAAUAGUAUCAUAUUUGCGUGAUGACAGCGCACCGAACACCUUGUAUGCAUUGAUUGUGACAACACCUCAAGAGGUCUCAUUGUUAGACGUGCGAAAGGAAAUCAAUUUUUGUAAGAAGCAGCGUAUACCAAUAUUGGGCGUAGUAGAGAAUAUGAGUGCAUUCCGAUGUGGGCAUUGUGGACAAACCUCAGAAAUAUUCCCGGCAAAGACAGGUGGAGCAGCGGUAAUGUGUGCCGAAAUGGAGGUGCCAUACUUAGGCGCAUUGCCGCUAGAUCCACAGGUGACAAAGGCGUGUGAUACCGGCGAAGAUAUAACAGACAUAAAAAAUUCAACGGUCGACGCGCUAGCUAACAUUUGUCAAAAGAUCGUUAUGGGGCUGGAAAGCGCGUGAGUGAGACUUCUGCCGACGUUGUUUUAAAAAAUCAUGCUUAAAUUUGGUUAUAUUUAUUAUUUUUGCUUUUAAACCAAAAUGAAUAAAAUAUAUGCAUACGUAAAUUAGUCACCGUUACAAAUUCUUAUAAUCA